CCCUUCUCUCUUCCCCACCAGAUAGAUAGAUCGAUAGAAACUUAAAGCACCGAAACAAAACAGUGGUCUCCCGUCGGCGGAUCCUCACUGCCCCGACGUGCUCCACCUUCCUAACUCCUUCCCUUCUUUCUUCCUAUUUAACUUCUCCUUUUGCUUCUUAAUUUACCACGCAUCUUCUUCCUUUCCUUCCUUUCCCUUCCCUUCCCUGCCCUUCCGCCCACGCCACUCAACAGUUGAUUAUUUGUACACGAAAGCAACGAAAACACAGCAUUAAAUUAUUUAUUAUUCUUUAACUAUACGGGAGCAGUAUCUUCUUCUCUCUAAUUUCGUCUCGAUUUCUACUUCUUCGAUCGGCGUCUAGGGCAGGAACCAGAGGAAGAGAAUCUUGAAAAUCAUGGAGGCGACCUGCUGCUGCGCCUCCUCAUCGGCUCCUUCCCUCCUUACUCUCCACUCCUUACGGCCCUCCUACCACCGCCUCACCGUCACAUCCGCCUCCCGCUUCAUCGCCGCCUCCUCCGCCUUGCCCUCCUCCAGGCGGGUCGAUCUCCGGCGCCGCUCUUACACUUUCCUACCCUUGCCCUCCACCCGCCGCUGCGGCACGCGCCGACCCGCCCGAAGAGCAGCCAUCUCCGCCAUCUUCGAGCGCUUUACCGAGCGGGCCAUCAAGGCCGUCAUCUUCUCCCAGCGGGAGGCGCGCGCGAUGGGGAAGGAGAUGGUCUUCAACCAGCACCUCCUCCUCGGGCUCGUCGCCGAGGAGCGCUCCCUCGUCGGCUUCCUCGGAUCUGGUGUCACCAUCGACCAAGCCCGCGAGGCCGUCCGAGAAAUCUGGAACGAGGAGGCUCCCGCGCCCUCCCUCUCGGCCGCAGCCACCGACGUGCCCUUCUCCACCAGCAGCAAGCGGGUGUUUGAGGCUGCUGUGGAUUUUUCCAGGAGCAUGGGAUGCAAUUUUGUUGGUCCGGAGCAUAUUGCGAUCGGCCUCUUCAACGCCGAUGACGGCAGCGCGGCGCAGGUGCUCAAGAGAUUGGGAGCAGAUAUGAGUCGCUUAGCAUCAGUUGCCCUGUCCAAACUCCAAGUGGAGCUUGCCAAGGAUGGUAGAGAGCCAUUGGCAUCAUCUCAGAAGAUAAAGGAGAAACCUUCUGCCACAAAAUCUACAAGUUUGAGGUCUCAAGAAAAAGGGCCAUUGACAGAUUUUUGUGUUGAUUUAACCGCUCAUGCUAGAGAGGGGCUCAUUGAUCCUAUCAUUGGUCGAGAUACAGAGAUCCAGAGAAUUGUUCAGAUCCUUUGCCGACGAACAAAAAAUAAUCCAAUUCUUUUGGGAGAUGCAGGUGUUGGAAAAACAGCAAUUGCUGAAGGAUUGGCACUUCGCAUUGCUGAAGGCGACAUUCCUUCUUUCCUUAUGGAGAAACGAAUAAUGUCACUCGAUGUUGGCUUAUUGUUGGCGGGUGCUAAAGAAAGGGGGGAGCUGGAAACCCGAGUUACUGGUUUGAUAUCCGAAGUACAGAAAUCAGGUGAUGUCAUACUCUUUAUUGAUGAGGUUCAUACACUGAUUGGUUCUGGUACUGUUGGAAGAGGUAACAAAGGCUCAGGUCUUGAUAUAGCUAAUUUGUUGAAACCUCCUCUUGGUAGAGGCGAAUUGCAGUGUAUUGCAUCAACAACUUUAGAUGAACAUAAGACACACUUCGAGAAGGAUAAAGCUUUAGCUCGCCGAUUCCAACCAGUGCUGAUAAAUGAGCCUAGUCAGGAGGAUGCAGUGAAGAUAUUACUGGGCUUACGCGAGAAAUAUGAGAGCCAUCAUAAGUGCACAUUCACAUUAGAUGCCAUAAAUGCUGCAGUAUACCUCUCAGCUAGAUAUAUUGCAGAUAGACAUCUUCCUGAUAAAGCAAUUGAUCUGAUUGAUGAAGCUGGUAGUAGAGCUCGUAUGGAUGCAUUCAAGAAGAAGAAGGAAGAGAAACUCUCUGUGCUUUUAAAGUCACCAGAAGAAUACUGGCAAGAGAUUAGGGCUGUCCAGGCAAUGCAUGCGCUGGUGUCAGAAAGCAAGUUGACAUAUUCUGCUGACAAAACCAUCAAGGAAGAUCAAUCUUUAGAUCUUGAGAUUCCAAUGUCUUCUAGUCCAUCUUCACUAAAUGAUAAUGAAAAAAUCUUUGUCGGGACAGAGGAGAUAGCCACUGUUGCCUCUCUUUGGUCAGGAAUCCCAGUACAGCAGAUCAAUGCAGAUGAGAGAAAACUAUUAGUUGGUUUGGAUGAGGAACUGAGAAAACGUGUAAUUGGCCAGGAUGAUGCUGUUAGUGCAAUAUCUCGAGCUGUGAAGCGAUCACGCGUUGGUCUGAAGGAUCCUGAUAGGCCUAUUGCUGCAAUGCUUUUCUGUGGCCCAACUGGGGUUGGUAAAACUGAGCUGACAAAAGCAUUAGCUGCCUCCUACUUUGGAUCGGAGGAAAGCAUGUUGCGCUUGGAUAUGAGUGAAUACAUGGAGAGACAUACUGUGAGUAAGCUGAUUGGAUCUCCACCAGGAUACAUUGGGUAUGGAGAGGGUGGUACCUUGACUGAAGCAGUUAGGAGGCGGCCUUUUACAGUUAUCUUGCUUGACGAGAUAGAGAAAGCUCACCCUGAUAUAUUUAAUAUCCUCCUCCAAGUAUUUGAAGAUGGUCACCUAACUGACUCUCAGGGGCGGAGAGUUUCAUUCAAGAACACAUUGAUUGUCAUGACAUCUAAUGUUGGGUCUGAAGCAAUUUCGAAAGGUAGGCGGAGCAUAGGUUUCUUUGUUGCAGAAGACACAGAAUGUAACUCAUAUGCCUCGAUGAAGACAAUAGUGAUGGAAGAGAUAAAAGCAUAUUUUCGUCCUGAGCUACUUAACAGAAUUGAUGAAGUGGUUAUUUUCCGCUCCCUUGAGCAAACUCAGAUGCUGGAGAUUUCAAAUAUAAUGUUGGAGCAAGUUAGGAGCAGGCUUUCAUCUCUCGGGAUUGGUUUAAAGGUAUCAGAUGCCAUCAUGAAUUUGGUCUGCGAACAAGGUUUUGAUCGAAGCUAUGGUGCCAGACCCUUGAGAAGAGCCAUUGCUAGUCUCAUUGAAGAUGUCAUUAGUGAAGCAAUUCUCGCUGGAAACUAUAAGCCCGGCGACACUAUUACUCUAGACAUCGAUGCCACUGGAAAUCCCACAGUGAGCCAGCUAACUUCCGAUCAUAUAAUCCAAUUGUCAGAUGCAGCAUGAACACCAUAUGGAUUUACACCCACGGUUACUGAUUAUUUAUUUAUUUUUGUAUAGAUACCGUAUUUAACAUGUAUAGAACAAUAAUCCAGUUGGGAAAAGAUGAUAAUUAUUGUAAGGCCCACUGACCACCCUUGAAAUGGAAGUGCAAAGCUGGAUGCACUUGGAUGAGGGUGUUUGGCUGUAAAUUGUAUGGCUGGAGAAACAUCUAUUGUUAAAGGAAAUGCAUUGUAUCUUGAACAA